AUGACCGAUUUGGGAAAAAUGCGAUUCUUUCUUGGGAUUGAGGUGUUACAACAGUCUUCUGGAUUUUUUAUAUGUCAAAGAAAAUAUGCAUUGGAGGUUUUGAAAAGGUUUGGCAUGCUGGAAAGUAACUCUGUGAACAGCCCAAUUGUUCCUGGUUCCAAAUUGAGUAAAGCUGGAAAUGGGAUCCCUAUUGAUGAUACAUAUUACAAACAAUUGGUGGGAAGUUUAAUGUAUCUUACUGCCACAAGACCUGAUAUGAUGUUUGCUACUUGCCUUAUAAGUAGGUACAUGGUAAAACCAAUGGAAGAUCAUCUUCAAGCAGCUAAAGAAUAUUUCGGAGGAAAUGCUGGAUUGUUGGCAUAUACAGAUAGUGACUAUGUUGGAGAUUUGGAAGAUCGAAAAAGUACAUCUGGGUAUGUAUUUUUAAUGAGUUCAGGUGCUGUUUCGUGGUGUUCAAAAAAACAACCUAUUGUGACCUUAUCAACUACAGAAGCUGAGUUUGUAGCUACUGCAAUUUGUGCUUGUCAAGGAGUUUGG